GAAAAAGAAAAGGAACAGUCAUGACAUAUAUUCUUUUUGACAACUCUUUUUAAGCCUUCCUUCCCUUUACUCAUUUCACUGCUAUCCUUGACCAUAUGAACUAGAAAUUCAAAGCUUCCAUCACAUAUUUUAAUGGCUUACAAUCCUUCUUCAAGGUCCUGUUUUUAUGAUUCUUUUUGUUUCCUAUUCAUUACAUUCGUUCUUCCAUUUUUCUUCCUCACAAAAGCUCAAGCUGCAAGCCAUUGUAGAACCUCAUGUGGUACCAUUCCAAUAAACUACCCUUUUGGCAUCGAUGAUGGCUGUGGCAGUCCAUAUUACAGGCACAUGCUUUUAUGCUCCGAUUCGGGCAUUCUCGAGCUUCGAACGCCUUCCGGGAGAUACCAAGUUCGUAGCAUAAGCUACUCAGACCCUCACAUGAUAGUCACCGAUCCAUUCAUGUGGAAGUGUAAAGAUGGUCAUCACUUUCGUGCAACUAGGGCAUUUAGCCUUGAUACAAGCACACAUUUAACACUCUCCUCUCAAAAUGACUACCUCUUCUUCAAUUGCAGUGAAGAGAAAGUGAUUGUUGAGCCAAAACCUAUCUUCUGCGAGAGGUUUCCUGAUCGGUGCGACUCGACAUGUGAUAGUGCUAGUUACCUUUGCAGGCACUUGCCAGGAUGUGGUGCUGCAUUAGGAGGACGUUCUUGCUGCUCUUACUUCCCAAAAGCGACCGAAUCUUUGAGGCUGAUGCUGAAGUAUUGUGCUAGUUACACUAGUAUUUAUUGGAGAAUUAAUGGUGCAAAUGCUCCUGAUGAUCAUGUACCUGAGUAUGGUAUUAGAGUUGAUUUUGACAUUCCAGUGACUACAGAUUGCCUUCAAUGUCAAGACAUGAAGAAAGGAGGUGGAAGAUGUGGAUUUGACACACAAUCACAGAAUUUCCUAUGUCUGUGCAAUCAGAGAUCAAAUGUCACAACAUAUUGCAAUGAUCACAGCAGCAGUAGCCAUAGCAAGGCAGGAAUAAUUGCAGGGACUGUAACUGGAGUUUCAGCUGCUGGGGCAUUAGGAAUUGGUGCUGGUCUAUGGUAUUGGAAGAAAGUGAGAGCCUCAGCACCAGUAACAUGUGGGGUUCAAAGCAAUGAGAAUAGGCUCUUUUAAGAACAAAUCAACAAAAGUGAAUACCAAUCACUUUCUCUUUUCUAAUUUCCCUAUUUUUUGAGUUGCCUUUCGCACUUUAAUAAGCAACUUAAUGGAUCUGUUUUCUUUGUUUUAAAUUUUAAACCUGCACUGUUUAUAGAGUACUAUAUGAUAGUUUUUGCUUUUGGGUUUCUAAAUUAGUGCUACCAGCAGAGUGCUGUUACAUUGUCUGUCAA